GUUUUGCCGAGCCAGCAUCACCGCUUCAAGAGCUUCACAGCAACCAUGGGAGACAAUGACAUCUCGAUUUUCUGAUUAACUCCAUGGACACCUCCGCUAACUGCCCCUCGCUCAAACACAGAUGGGUAUAGGAUUAAGGAAAAGAAAUGGGGAAUGUCGAAAUGAGAACGGGGACAUGACAGCAUGAUGCGCCCUCCACCAUGGUCCCCACGUGAAUAUGCAAACCCCCUUACUGUGUACAGUCGCAAAACCACUCCUCCAUUGAGCUUUGUUUUCGGGUUUUCAUUUUAAAACGUGGAUGAGAUCGAGCAAGCCGGAUAUAAAGUGCACCGCAUGUAUCGUUUCAUCGCUGCUCGAUGCUGCCGCGAGCAGCGAAAAAAAGGUUUCGACAGCGACAAGAAACCGCAAAGAGAUUCUCAUGGGAAGAACGGGCUAUUUCUUCUCAGCGGGUGUCGCUUCGGGGGCUGCGGCAGGAGCAGGAGCAGGGGCAGCCGCAGCUGGUUCCUCCUCCUUCUCGAAGUCCGGCAGGUCGGUCAUAGGGCCACUCGUAGCACUCAUGCCCGGCGCGGGCUUAGGGGGAAUCGACGCAGGCUCAGAGGCAGUAGGUGCGGGAGCCGGGGUGGUGGUGGCUGGGGUCUCGGUCGCCUUCGCCUCGGCCGGCUUUGGCUCAGACGGAGCAGUGGUGGGCUGCUGCGCUUCGGCGGCAGUAGGUGGCGGGGGAGCGACGGCACCCGCUGGUUCGGGUGCUGAAACAAAAAACAUGUUAGUCCGUGGGGAUGUACAAGAAGUGAAAACCGUCCAUGGAAAAGGCAGGAAAAAGGUAGGGGUAUCGGAAAGAAAGGAAAAGGCCGUAUGCAGUAGGAUGGAUGUGGUGUGGGCGUGGAGCCAUGAGAGGUCGUAACGUCGUCGCAGUCGUAAUGUCGGCUCGAUGUCUCGGCAGAGAUAUCAGAGCCCAUAACCCGGGAUCUGUGGGAAGAGACGCAGGUGUACGUCGUCUCCUGCUCUCACCGCGAGAUGCCGCGGGCUGCCGAUGACCGUCUCAGUUGCUUUGGCCGGCUCUCUGCCUCCACCGCGAUCCGUCCCAAUAGUUGGGCGAGCGUGAAUUCCGC